CCGCUGCUGCUGCUGAGCUGCUGCGGGGCCGACGAAGAGGUGCUGAUGAACACCAAGCUGGAAACAUCCGACCUCCGAUGGACAAAUCAUCCUGCCGAUGACCCAGAGUGGGAAGAACUGAGUGGACUGGACGACGAGUCCAACAGUGUGCGGACCUAUCAGAUCUGCACGCCCAACAGUCCGUCCUCCUAUUGGCUGAGGACACGCUGGAUCCGCCGGAGGGCAGCGACCACGCUCUACGUCGAGAUCCGGUUCACCAUGAUGGAGUGUUCCGGUCUGAACCAGCGUCACUGUAAAGAAACCUUCAACCUUUACUACUACCAGUCGGACACCGAUGAGGCCACGCCCACUCAUCCGGCCUGGAUGGAGAACCCGUACACCAAAGUCGCCACGGUCGCUGCCGACUACCUGCUGCAGAGCGGUGGCGAGCGCCGUGCCGGUGAGCGGCGCUAUAACGUUAAACUGCUGCGCCUGGAGCAGCUGCGAGGGGCGGGGUUCUACCUGGCCUUCCAUAGCCAGGGCGCCUGCAUGGCCCUGCUGUCUGUACGGGUCUUCUACAGGAAGUGCCCGCCCCUUCGUCGCGCCUUCGCCUCCUUCCCUGAAACCAUCCCACACUCUCUGGUGGAGCAGGCUCAGGGUGUGUGUGUGGAGAAUGCCGUCACGCCGCCCGGAGAGCAGUCACGACCUCCCAGCAUGCUUUGCGGUGAAGAUGGUCAGUGGGUGGGACAGCCGACGUCCAGCUGCGCCUGUCGCCCCGGAUACGAGGCGGGUGAGACCGAUGUGUGGUGUCGAGCCUGUCCGUCAGGUCAGUUUAAGGCGGGGUUGGGUCCUGGGGGGGGUAGCCAGUGUCCAGCCUUUAGCAAGACGCCGAUCCCAUUUCCGUGUCUCUCUGGUUACCAUGGAGCCGCCUCCGCCCCGCCACACGCUGCCUGCACCCGCCCCCCCUCUGCUCCGCGCUCCAUCGUGAGCCAGAUCAACGACACCACGCUGACUCUGGAUACCACAGCCAAGGGACUGGUCAACUCCUGUUCUGCAUGUGAUGACAGCGUUCUGUACCGGCCGGCGCAGCGAGGGCUGACACAGCGGCGGGUCGUCGUCUGGGGGCUCCACCCACAAACCAAGUACAUCUUCACCGUCCAAUCACUCAAUGGCGUCUCUUCGCUCAGCCAGUCAGAACCAGCCUCUGACAGGGUCAAUAUCACCACCAGCAGAGAUGUUCCUCCUCCAGUGUCCGGAGUGAGGAGGGCAGCGGCCUCAGAGACCAGUCUGUCUUUGGAGUGGAAUGUCCCAGUUCUGCAGAACCAGUACCACAUCCUGGACUACCAGCUCCGCUACAGCCCCAGGGAUGGUGAGGAGGCGGGUCAGUGGCAGUACGUUUCCACCAGGUCUUCUUCGGUGGUGCUGACGGGGCUGCAGCGGGCGGUGCAGUACCAGGUGCAGGUCCGUGUUCGCUCGCAGGCUGGAUACGGCUUGUUCAGCGCGCCAGUCAGCUUCAGCACCAAACCUGAUGGGGGGGGUCACUCUCAGCUGCUGCUGACAGGAGUGCUCGUCGCCAUGGGGAUACUGCUGCUCAUCGCCGUGGCGAUAGUCGCUGUGUACUGUUACCGGAGAAAGAACAGCUCCGAGGUCGCCGACAGGACCGGACACUACCAGAUGGGACAGACGAUGAAGGUGUACAUCGACCCGUUUACCUACGAGGACCCCAACGAGGCAGUGAGGGAGUUUGCCAAAGAGAUCGACGCCUCCUUCGUGAAGAUAGAGGAGGUGAUCGGCGCAGGUGAGUUUGGUGAGGUGUGCCGUGGUCGGCUGAGGAUUCCGGGCAGGAAGGAGAACUACGUGGCUAUCAAGACUCUGAAGGGCGGCUACACGGAGAAGCAGAGGCGGGACUUCCUGUCGGAGGCAUCCAUCAUGGGUCAGUUCCAGCACCCCAACAUCAUCCACCUGGAGGGUGUCAUCACCACUUCCUGUCCUGUCAUGAUCCUCACCGAGUUCAUGGAGAACGGAGCGCUCGACAGCUUCCUGAGGCUGAAUGACGGACAGUUCACCACCAUCCAGCUGGUGGGGAUGCUGCGUGGGAUUGCAGCAGGGAUGAAGUACCUGUCCGACAUGAGCUUUGUCCACCGAGACCUAGCAGCUCGCAACAUCCUGGUCAACUCCAACCUGGUCUGCAAGGUGUCUGACUUUGGUCUUAGCAGAUUCCUGACUGAAAACUCUUCGGACCCGACAUACACCAGCUCCCUGGGAGGGAAGAUUCCCAUUCGAUGGACGGCUCCGGAGGCCAUCGCCUACAGGAAGUUCACGUCAGCCAGUGACAUAUGGAGUUACGGCAUCGUCAUGUGGGAGGUGAUGUCAUAUGGAGAACGACCGUACUGGGACAUGAGCAACCAGGAUGUGAUUAACGCCAUUGAGCAGGACUACCGGCUGCCCCCGCCCCCUGAGUGCCCCGCCUCCCUGCACCAGCUCAUGUUGGACUGUUGGCAGAAGGAACGAGCCAACCGGCCGAGGUUCUGCGACGUGGUGGCAGCACUUGAUAGGCUGAUUCGCAACCCGGCAUCCCUGAAGGUGACGCACCCAGAGGCACCGAGCCCGUCCCACCCUCUGUUGGACCUGCGAGUGCCCCCUCCCCUGUCAGCCUGCGGCUCGGUAGCCAUCAAGAUGGAGCGAUACGAGCAGAGCUUCCUGCAGGCCGGGUUCACCAGCCUGGACAUCGUCUCACAGCUCAACACCGAAGACCUGCUCAGAGUGGGCGUGACCCUCGCAGGCCACCAGAAGAAAAUCCUCUCCUCCAUUCAGACACUCAGGAUACACAAAGCUCCGCCCACCCUGCGCUACUGACCAGUCACGC